GCAAUUUUGUACACAAAGGUUCAAAGCCCUUCUUUACAUCAUAAACUGCUUUAGUAUGUUUAGCAGUAGCUAAUAUUCGAAUUCUAAGUUUAACGCACGCGUCCAAGUCAACUUUGGGUCCAAGUCGACCUCAAGACGACGACAAAAUCAACCGUAUUGUGAGCUUUCCUUCGGUCUGUUUUUUCGCUCUCACUGCUAACAGUGAGUUGGGUUGAUUAUUUAACCACCAACUCCCGGGUUCCAUUUUUUUUUUUCCUGUCCCAGCCACCACACCGACACCCACGAUUGGUAGGACAGUUUUAGGCAACAGUUAUAAAAUUCACCUACCCCGGUACGAUCUGGAGUCAGUAGGAAAAUGGCCUUCGUGUGCUGAAGGUUCCGGAGUAGUGCUAUCGAACGAACCAAGCUUCAGAGGUGACUUCAACGUUAGUUCAAUCCCCAUCACAUCACGAUGGCUUCGCGGGCAAUAGUGUGUCUACUGUUCUGUGCCGGAGUGUUAGGCAGUGUCCAGUGUUACGAACAUCUGUCCCGGAAUGGCAACGAGCUGCUGUUUAAUCCCGAGUUUGAGUACGAGAGUGACUUUCGGCACGAUCUCGAGCCUGAUCUUCUGCCGCCGCACGACGAACGAUCAUACUUUUAUCACGAAGAACCUGACGUGUUCCACCACCACACGGACUACGGUCUAGCGAACCUGCGGCCAAUAUCACCAACCCCGGCCUUUACGCUGGAUCCUUCCUAUAUCUCACCGGCCGAUAUUGUGCCAGCGCGAGCCAAACGUGCCAAUCAGAUGAAGAGAAAGCCGUCGGCGAAGCAACGGAAACGGGAGCAGAAGGAGUUUCUGCCCGAGGAGCAAGACGAUGACGAUGAGGAAGCGCGCGAUGAUAAGGACGGUUCCGCCGAAAGCACCGACGUGGACGAUUACGCCGAACGGUACGAGCAGUUCAUCGCCAAGCAUUUUGAGGAUUUGGACAGCAAGCGCAAAAAAUCGGCCCCGCAGCGUAAGGCACCGAAGAAGCAGGACGACGAGGACGAUGCGGACGAGGACGAGGACGGUGACUACAAGUUCGAUCGGUUCGACUACUCCUCGUCGGAGGAUUACGAGCGCAUAAAGGCGGAAUCCGAGGAGCAAAGUAGACGGCUGGCGAAAGAUCCGGGAAACUGCCGGACGUACGAGAAGGACGGUAUGGUGUGCAGCGUGUGUCACGAUCCGGCCAGUGACAGUGCGUCGGAGAGCUGUGCGUACGCGACCGAACCGCACCACCGGAAGUACGCGUACGUGAAGGAGCGCAACUACGACAGCAAGAAGGACGACCCGAACCAAAGGGCCAAGGCGAUGAGGACCGAGAACGAUGAGGACGACGACGACGAGGACGGCGGCGUGGAGACAGCAGACCGGGAACACACCAGUGCAGAAACGCGUCCCGAACGGCAGACGCAGGACAUCGGGGCCAGCUUUCCGAAUCCAACACCCGUUCCAAAGCGCGUUCCAACUCGUCCGCUGCGUAAGCCGACGCUCCGCUCGAAGCCUCACCAAUCGGCCACGAACGGCGGCGGCUAUCGAUACCAGCCGACCGAUCUUCGGUCGAACCGUGCCAACAUGAAGCUAACCGUGGGACCGACGGACGGUGAAAAUCUUCCCGCACCCGGCCAGAACGAAGACAUUUACGUGAUGGAUUACGCCGACCAGGACGAGGUGGCGAAGGUGCUGGCCGAAUUCAAAGCCCGCGAUUGGUCCAACUGCCGCAAAGGUAAGCGGAUGGAUGACGGUGAGCUGACCUGCUACCAGUGCACCGAUGCGGCCGGCGUUAACCACGAAGAGUGCAUGUACGUUUCAGAGUCCCGCCAGGUCGCGUCCGAACCGGUGCGGCCUCCCCCCUCCAUGGUCGGCGAAAAGAUGCGCAAGCGGAAGAAGGUUGUGCCCCUAACGCGCAAGGACCUGGCAGCGAUCGAACCGGUGCCGGCCAGUGCCGCGAACGGUGUACCGCCGAAGGAGAAACAAACCGUCAAGCGAACGGUUUCGUUUCGCAGCUUCGUCACUGGGUCGGGGCGAUCGAAGGAAAUACCGCUGGCUGGUGCCGGAUCGGACGGCGGUGAACGAGUGAUUCACUACGAGCAUCACAUUUCCCAUGAAGUCCCGUAAGGCAAGGCACACACACACACCGACCGCGGGGGGAGGAUAUGGGCAACAUAUUGGCAAAUAAAGGUAGCAAGUAAUGGCACCGUUUUAAGCAGCAGCCAGUUAAGUGUUAGAAAUCCAAAAUUGUUUAAUUGUAAAGUAUGUAGUGUCGCGAUUGUCAUACCAUAAUCGCGUUCAAUUGCUCGUAACGAAAUUGAAUAAAUCUGUAUGAAACCCUUGAACGACCAUCUAUUGAUUCGGAAGCGGAAAAGACGUGAGGUCCUGCCAUCAAAAGGCAGUACGAGCUAGUUAUG